CCAAACACUCGCAGAAUGCCCCGCAAUUUACCAAAUCUUCGCCGCCUUCUACUCAGCCCCUCUCCUCUCUCUCCCCCAUCCUUCUCUUUCACUUCUCCCGCCCGCCGGCCACUUUCUUUCUUUACCGCCUUCUCUGCUUUCCGCCCCAAGAGACGACAGCCCCACCAUUCUCAGCCUCUCAGCCUCACCCGCAGGAGCAACACUUCUCUGAGAGAAAUUCAGAAGAGGGACAAAGGGGUGGCCAUGGAGGAGGACAAAGGGGUGGCCAUGGAGGAGGCCGAACGUGUUGCCGGGUUUAACAAGAGGCGGGCUGAGGGCACGGAUAAGAGCGACAGGCCCCGAAAAGUCCUCCCAUUGAAGGAACGCAAGCUCAAUCCUGUAAAUACUAUUUGUUAUGUUCAGAUUAUGGGGACCGGAAUGGAUACCCAGGAUACAUCACCAUCAGUUUUGCUCUUCUUUGACAGACAAAGAUUUAUAUUUAAUGCCGGAGAAGGAUUACAACGCUUCUGCACGGAGCAUAAGAUUAAGUUGUCUAAGAUUGAUCACAUAUUUCUCUCUCGUGUAUGUUCAGAGACGGCGGGUGGGCUUCCAGGUCUUUUAUUGACAUUGGCUGGCAUGGGAGAUGAUGGAAUGUCUGUCAAUGUUUGGGGCCCCUCUGAUCUCAAGUAUUUAAUUGAUGCCAUGAGGUCAUUCAUCCCAAAGGCAGCCAUGGUUCACACACACAGCUUUGGACCAUCACCUGGCUCUGAUGGGGUUUCGGUUCCUGAUCCAGGGAAGUUUACUGACCCCAUUGUUCUCAUUGAUGAUGAAGUUGUUAAAAUAUCAGCUAUGCUUCUGCGACCAAGCUCUUUUGCAUCUGAGCUCAACAAGGUAGAGCUUCUGUCACCUAAUACAACAGAGAUUAAUGUAGAAGUCAGGAGAAAUCAAUACUCAGAAUCACUUUCACCAAGAAGUACAAAUAAGGAAGUAGGACCUGUUGUGAAGCCUGGUGACAUAUCUGUUGUAUAUGUUUGUGAGUUACCUGAAAUUAAGGGCAAAUUUGAUCCCCAAAAAGCAGCUGCUCUUGGACUGAAACCUGGGCCAAAGUAUCGUGAACUGCAGCUGGGGAAUUCAGUGAAGUCAGAUAAGCAAAAUAUCAUGGUUCAUCCAAGUGACGUAUUGGGUCCUUCUAUUCCGGGCCCUAUCAUACUCAUUGUUGAUUGCCCAACAUCAUGUCAUUUGCAAGAGAUGUUGUCCUUACAGUUUCUUGACAACUAUUAUGGAGAUAUGUCUGGCAAUCAAGAAGGGACUUCCAAACUUGUCAAUUGUAUCAUUCACUUAAGUCCUGCAUCUGUCAUAAACACCGUUGAUUAUCAGAAAUGGAUGACAAGAUUCAGUGGUACCCAACAUAUAAUGGCUGGACAUGAAAUGAAGAAUGUAGAGGUUCCUAUUUUACAAUCCAGUGCAAGGCUUGCAGCACGACUUAAUUACCUGUGUCCCCAGUUAUUUCCAUCUCCUGGUUUUUGGUCUCUUCAGCAUUCCAAUGGCUCGGCACCUGACUCCAGGCCAUUCAGUAAGGUUCCUGUUUUAAGGCCUUGUGAAAACAUCACUGCUGAAAAUCUCCUAAAGUUCCAUUUGCGUCCUUAUGCUCAGCUUGGAGUAGACAGAUCUGGUGUUCCGAGUUUAAUUUCUCACUCACAAAUUAUAGAUGAGUUACUUUCAGAGAUUCCGGAGAUUGUAGAUGUUGCAAGGGAAGUUACCCGAUUCUGGGAGGGGAACAAAUGGAUGGAAGAGCAUGUGACUCCUGUGGUAAAUAACAAUCUUUUAAUCGAAGAGCCAUGGUUGAUUGAAAAUACAAUUCCUAGUUGUUUGGAAGAUAUUUCAAGGGAAGACAUGGAGAUUGUUCUUCUAGGAACUGGUUCUUCCCAACCUUCUAAGUACCGAAAUGUUAGUUCUAUCUUCAUCAACCUUUUCUCAAAAGGAAGCUUACUCUUAGAUUGUGGUGAAGGAACCCUCGGACAGCUGAAAAGAAGAUUCGGUAUUGAGGGCGCUAAUGAUGCUGUGAAAGGUUUAAGGUGUAUUUGGAUUUCACAUAUUCAUGCUGAUCACCAUUCAGGUCUAGCAAGAAUACUUGCUCUCAGACGUGAUUUGUUGAGGGGAGAACCACACGAACCUUUGCUCGUUAUUGGCCCCAGGCAGCUUAAGAGAUUUUUAGAUGCGUAUCAAAUACUUGAAGAUCUAGAUAUGCAGUUCCUUGAUUGCAGGCACACCACAGAAGCUUCAUUGGACGCUUUUGAAUCAAAUAAUAGCAACUCCCCUCCAGGGAGCUCAGUUGCUUCUGAGGACACAAAUAAAGACAUUAACUCUACCUUGUUCGCUGAAGGAGUUCAUAUGCAGAGCUAUUGGAAGCGACCCAAUAGCCCUUCAAGCAACAGCAUAGUUUUUCCCAUCUCAAAGCACUUGCAGAAAAUGCUAAAAGAAGCAGGUUUGGCGACUUUAAUGAGUUUCCCUGUCGUGCACUGUCCACAGGCAUUUGGCAUUGCCCUGAAGGCAGCAGAUCGAACCAAUGCUGCUGGGGAAGUUAUACCAGGGUGGAAGAUCGUGUACUCCGGUGAUAGCAGGCCAUGCCCAGAACUAAUUAAGGCGUCUCAUGAAGCAACGGUUCUAAUACACGAGGCAACGUUCGAGGAUGGUUUGCUGGACGAGGCUAUAGCGCGAAACCACAGCACGACGAAGGAGGCGAUAGAAGUCGGGAAUUCUGCCGGAGCGUACCGCAUCAUUCUUACCCACUUCAGCCAAAGAUACCCCAAAAUACCAGUCUUUGAUGAAACUCAUAUGCAUAAAACAUGCAUCGCAUUUGAUUUGAUGAGUGUUAACUUAGCAGAUCUACAUGUUCUUCCUAGAGUUCUUCCCCAUCUUAAAAUUCUGUUCAGGGAUGAGAUGAUUGUGGAUGAAUCUGAUGAUGUUGUAAAUGCAGCUAGUACAGCUAACUAAAUAUCCGUGUAAUUUUGCACAUGCACGCAAGAAAAUUUUAUCUUAUUUGGGACGA